AUGGGGUGUGACAGUUACCACAAAGCAUGGCGUUCCCUCCAACACGCUUGUAAUGUCAUAAGAGGAAUCCCAGAAAAUAACUACACACUUCUACCGCAAUAUCUUCACAUGAUGAAAUUAAGAAAUCCUGGAACAGUUGCUAACAUCAAAUGGACUGCUGACAAUAAGUUCAAAUAUGUUUUUUUCACGUAUGGAGCAUCAAUUGAGGGUUGGAAACACUGCAGACCAGUAAUGAUGAUGGAUGCAACCUUCUUGAAAUCAAAAUGCCGCGGUGUGCUCAUGAUAGCAGUAGAAAAAGAUGGAAACAACAGUAUAUUUCCUCUCGCAUUUGGUAUUGUUGACUCUGAGAAUAAUGAAUCCUACAGGUGGUUCUUCAGACACGUGAAAAAGGUGUUUGGUACGCGCAAAGACCUAUCAAUUAUUUUCGAUCGCCACUCGUCAAUUACAACUGCAAUCAAAGAACUGUAUCCAGAUACCCAGCAUGGAAUAUGCAUCUACCACAUGGAGAAGAACUUGCAGAAAUAUUUCCCAUCCGAAGCGAUCCUAUCAUUGUUCUACAAUGCAACAACUACUUACAAACAGGCAGAGUUUCGUACCUAUAUGUCACAGAUACAACAAAUCGACCCAAAAGCUGCAGAAUACAUAGAAGAAGAACCACCGAAAAGAUGGGCACGUUCAUUCCACACCAACAGGCGUUACAACAUGCUCACAACAAACAAUGUCGAGACAAUGAAUUUUGUAUUGAGGAAAGCAAGGGAGUUUCCAAUAAUGGCAUGUAUUGAUUACAUCCAGAACAAGUUGCAAAAUUGGUUUUACCAGAGAAAAUUGGAUGCAACAGGAUCGUCCCAUGACCUGACAUGUUGGGCUAAAAAGAUUCUACUUGAAAAGAUAAGUAGAGGCUUCACAAUGAAAGUUUCGUUCCCAGUUAAUUUGGUUAAUGGAAGAGUGAUGCUUGCUUAUGUGCCUGGAAAUAAUCUUCUUGAUAACUAUGUCUCAACUCUUAUUUGUUUCUGCUUUGAUUUGUUGGUUCAAAGGGUUUUGUUCUUGACUGCAAUUUUGUUAUUCAUGGCUGCAUUAUUGGUUGAUUCGUUGUUAUGGAGGAAUCUCAUAUGUAUAACUGCUUCCUGUUGGCUUAUAGGUUCUGAAUAUGGUGUGCAUCGUUUGUGUCUGUCUCUUGAUUUGCUUCCAUGA